CUCCGCCUGAAAACUUCCCUCCAUGUUAAAAAUUAGCCCGUCAGGGUCGGGGCUGUGUGAAACCUUUCUCUCUAUCUAGUUUGGUAGCUUACCACAUGCGGCGAGGUGUUAUUGUUUUUUUAGCUGUACCAGCGUUCAAAAACUGCAGUCCCUACCUGAAAUCUGAAGCAAUCCGGUCCAGAAUUUUAGUAUUGCCUUUCGAAAACUUAUGUUUGUUUUUUCUCUAUAAAUUGUCUCCUGCAGUGAGGACACAGCAAAUAUGUCAGUAACUCUGUCCACAGCUAGGGGGAAAAUAUUUUAUGACUUGUCUAGUUAAUGGAAGUAACUGCAGCAUUUCUUUACUUAUUUGUCACAUUUUUUAUACCGCCCCAUCCAACAGCUCUGGGCAGUGCACAACAAGUAUGUUUCAUGUUUCCCCGUUUUAGGUAUUAUGCUACCCAUGCAAGUAGACCAUCUGCUUUCUCAUCAAAUCAUAAAAUCUUCACUUGCUGCGUAGCGUGGUGCUAUGCAGGUUAAUAAUCAAGAUGAAGUUGAGUCUCUCCAAAGUAAUUCGUGGCUGUCGCCUUGGCACACUGACAAAUCUGAGCAGGAGAGGAGGUCAGUCUAUGGAGAUUCCAGGUUGUCUGCUUUAUACCAAAAUGGGAUCAGCACCACAUCUGACCCAUGACACACUGGAAACGAUUAAAGGUGUUCCUCCUGUUGCCCAGAUUUCACUUUCAGCAGUGGCAGAUCUUCAGGAGGUCUUGGAGGAAUAUAAAGAAGGAAUUGGAAAGUUCGUAGGUAUGCCAGAUUCUGUACUGUACUGCUCACUCCAUGACCCAGUUAACUCCUCCCCACCUGGCUUCAACAACAACAAGACAGUUUCUAUAUGGGGCUAUGCAGGGCGAAUGGAAAUAACAGCUUCAAAGUUCAUGGACAUUCAAUUGGCUUUCCAGCCAGACUGGUUCCAGUGCCUCUCAGAUGGAGACACUAUUGCUGGAGCAGUUUCCAAGAAGAGGGCAAAGAAGUCUGUGGAUCGAUCACUGUCCUUUUUGGAUGAGUGCCUACAACUGCUGGAGAAAUCUCCAGAAUUGCAACAGAGCAUGAUGAUUGGGGUUAUAGAAGGUGGAGAUGUGUUGGAGGAGAGACUGAGAUCAGCUAGGGAAACUGCCAAGCGACCUGUGGCUGGCUUCCUGCUGGAUGGCUUUCAGGGAGAUGCUAUGGCCAAGGAGACCAAGUUCGAACUGUUGUCCGCAGUUACAGCAGAACUUCCAGAAGAUAAACCAAGACUCAUCCACGGUAUUGGCAGGCCCGAUUUAGUGCUGGAGUGCAUUGAAAGAGGGGUGGAUAUUUUUGACAGUUGUUUCCCUUACCAAGUGACAGAGAGAGGCUGUGCCUUGUCUUUCAGCUACAAUUAUCAUCCAGAUCUGGAAACAUCAGUAAUAAAAGAAAAUGGGAAACCAGAUGCAGAAAAGAAAGAGGCUGAGAAAAUAAAAAGUGAAACAUCUAAUGGAGCUCAAGAAAUGACUUCAUUUGAAAUAUAUUUGAAAGAGAAAAGAUUUCAAGAUGAUUUUGGACCUUUAGUUAAUGGAUGUUCAUGCUACUGCUGUCAGAAUCACAGUCGUGCCUACAUUCACCACCUCCUCGUGACCAAUGAGCUGCUGGCUGGAGUCCUGCUUAUGAUGCAUAACUUUCAGCAUUAUUUCAGCUUCUUCUGUGCUAUUCGAGAUGCUUUGAAAGAAGACAGGCUGACUCAGCUGAGGGAGAGCAUCGUCCAGCAGGUCCUCUGAGACCAAAAUGUAUUACAAGUAUAGAUCCACAAAGAAUCCACAUUUUGCCUACUGUUGGUGUCAUGUCAUCUGAAGCACAAGCCCUUCUGGUCCCUGCAAGCUUAGGAGUGACAAAAGGAGUAUUUUCCCCACUCAAUUAAACAGAAUUAUAAAAGAUAAGAACUAAGGACAUUUUAGAGAUAUCCAGCAAUAGACAUCCAUCUUUAUCUUCAUGAAUUGCAUCAAAAAUCUUCAGGAACCCUCACAGUAUUAGAAUAAGAAGGGGGGAUAUAUACACUGCCAUGUGAAUAAUGGGGGAAAGUUGGUGUCCAUUUGGGGCUCUGACUUCAGCCUUAUUACGGCUAGUAUCAUUUAUGUUAGGAUUUUAUUUUUUAAAAGACUCUGGGUGCAGAAUAUAGGAAGAGAGAAUAUUCUUUGUAACAAGCGCUACCUUAUCUGGACCUUCUACCCAUUGCAGUCAUAGCUGCUGUUUUGCAAAUGGGACCAAUCCUCACAGCACUCCAUACACUGGGCAGCUUGAGAACCCUGAUUCUGCAUUGUGUUACUAUAGAGCAGGGCUGGUCUACUUUGGCCCUCCUGCAGAUGUUGGCCUUGAGCUCACAUAAUCCCUGGCUAUUGGCCACUGUGGCUGGGGAUUAUGGAAGUUGUAGUCCAAAAACAGCUAGGGGCCCUACGUUGAGCAGGCCUGCUGUAGAGCAUCAGUUACUUGCCUGGUCUCAGUCCAUGAUUUUGAUAACGUGCCCCCAACUAUAGCUGUUUUUCUUUAGGUUUCUUUAGAUUUGUUGUACAGUUUUCCUCUUGUAUGAUACAUUUCACUCCUUUAUAGGUGUGCAGAUGGUGAGAAGUAUGAAUUGGGUAGAUAUGGUUGCCCAAAUGUGUCGUAGGGCUGUGACAAUACUGGAGAACAAAGGAGAAAACCUGUUUUAACCUUCUGAAUCUUAUUCAGCUGAAUCAUGUUCUUUUAACAUGUCUUUUUAUACAGAUAGAAUCUUUUAAACGGUUUUUAAAAUAGUACUUGUGCGUGUGUGUGUGUAUAUAUAUAUAGAGAGAGAGAGAGAGAGAGAUUGAGAGAGAGAGAGAGCUUCCUGGAAACUGCAUUGCAUAAUAGAACAUGAGCACUGAAAUGCAUGGGCUCUGAUCCAAAGAUCCUUGCACAUAGUGGUAUGCUAUGUUCCUGCUGUGCAUAAAGAUCUACAUGUGUGCACUCACCAAACAGAUGGUUUGUGAAAUCAGCUUUGCAAAAGCCAAUUGCUUGUUUGAAGAUAUAGGGUACUUUAUCCCUGACAAAGAGAUGGUUGGUCCUGUCAGAGUUUACUGUGGUAACCAGUGGCUAAGGCAUGCAGCAUAGAUCAGAUACAACACGGAUCACUCCUCUCACCACCCUGGGCUGGAUGCAGCAGCUUUUUACCAUACAUGAUGUGUCCAAGAAAGUACUGAACUGGAAGGUGGGGAAGAUGCUAAUUGCCACUAAUCUUGCCACUAACUGUGGCUUUAAAAGUGUGCUGACAAAUACAAACCUUGUUUUAGUUUUAUUUAAUCAGAUUCUUGGUUUUAGAGACCUGGUCAGGAUAGAAUCUAUUCCUGAAUAUUCCUUCCCCAAAUUCUUAAAGAUAUGGAUUUACCACUAUCUCAUGUUUCAUAAGUUGUCUUUCUUUCUCUGUAAGAAUUAUUAGUUUCUCCCUCUCUCAAAAUGGAGUAUCUUUUCUGGUGAAGCAUGAAUCAGCUGUUCAUCAAAAUAAGCCACAUAAAUUUAGGAAAUUUACUAGAUGGACUAAUGAUUUUUAGACAGCUUCAUAUGUGCAUAAAUGUUUAUUGAGGGGGAUCCCUCAGUGCCUGCAUAGAACAAUUGUACCCUCGCUCCUCCACAAAGGCUAUUUGAUACCAAAUAAAUUGCUUCAAAACUAA